AUGCACGAGAAAAACGGCAAUCAACCGGCGCCCCAGAGACAAAAGACAGUGGCCAUUGUGGCUCCCACGAGGAGCAACAGCUUGGAUUACUUGAAUUUCGAGGAGAAGCGACGUCUGAUUGCGUCGUCGUUGUCUCUGUCGGAUUUCUUGAGCGUCGGCAGCGCCGAUCCCAAGGAUCUCAAGGAUCUUCGAGAUGGGGUCGCGACUGUUAUCGUGGCCAAAAAACAAAAUGGGACAGCUUUCCGGACGAACAGCCUGGGCAGCGGGACGAGAAGUCCGCCUGCGGAAAGGAAAAGCAAAUUUUCGAUAGGGAAACUGCUGAGGCCUUGGAAAUGGAAACGGAAAAGAAAAUCGGAUAAACUGGAAGCAGUUUCUAGAACUUUAGAAAGAAAAAUUUCUGUCCGAGCCAAUAGGGACGACCUGCUCGCCCCCAUUGCCGCCAACAAUGCUUCGGGCAACGGGGGCCGUCAUUCCCCCACCCCGCAGCUGGGCGGCCAUCAGCAGCAAAUGCAGCAGAUGCAGCAGCAACAGCAGAUGCAGCCGCAGCAGUUGCAGCUGCAGCCGCAGCAGUUGCAGCUGCAGCCGCCGCCCUAUCCGGGAACGGGGAGCAUGCCGCCGCCCCACCUGCCGCCCAUGAGCCACGCGCUGCUGCAGCAACAGCUGCUGCAGAACCCGCAUUUCGCACAAGCCAAUGCCAAUAAUAAUAAUGGUAGUUUUAACGGACUAGGAAAAUUGCUGUACUCAUCGGGUAAAGCAAAGAAGGGGCACAAUAGAUAUUUCACAACUUGUCUUGCUAGGAAAAUUGUGGUCUUCGGAAGAUUCCUGGGGCUUUGUUUUGGCCAGCUACUCUUAGGAAAUCUAGCAAUUUUCGCCCCCUUCACGUUGGCAACACUGCUUCCUGCCGCCUCCGAGACAGUCUCGCAUCGGUCCUCGCUCGAUUCACCGUUGUUUUCGCCAGUCUUUUGUCGUUUGUCAUCGCAUAAACAUACGCAAACCAUCCACCUGUCGAUAUACGAGCAAGGCCUCCUGUGUCAUCGGGACGAUGCCUGA